CACACACUUGCAGCAGCUGGAAGCUCGUCCCAGUCUCCGCUGCUUUCUUCAUUCCUUUCUCCGACUUCCCCUUUUGCCUUGCCAAGCCCUAUAAAUGGCGUGCCGGUCUCCCUCUCCCCCCGAAUCCCACCCAAGUUCACUCUCUCAUAUCUUUCUUUCUCGUAGAGAGUCGAGUGCUCUGCCGAUGGAGGUGGUGCUGCCGAUGCCGAGUCGCAGGAGCAACGUCAUGGCGGAGCAGCAGGAGGCGGAGCAGGAGGAGGAGGCGGGGCUCCGGCGUGGGCCGUGGACGGUGGACGAGGACCUGACGCUGAUCAACUACAUCGCGAAUCACGGCGAGGGUCGGUGGAACGCGCUGGCCCGCGCGGCUGGCCUGCGGCGCACGGGCAAGAGCUGCCGGCUGCGGUGGCUGAACUACCUCCGGCCCGACGUGAAGCGCGGCAACUUCACCGCCGACGAGCAGCUGCUCAUCCUCGACCUCCACUCCCGCUGGGGCAACCGGUGGUCGAAGAUCGCGCAGCACCUGCCGGGGCGGACGGACAACGAGAUCAAGAACUACUGGAGGACCAGGGUGCAGAAGCACGCCAAGCAGCUCAACUGCGAAGUCGGCAGCGCCACCUUCAAGGACGCCAUGAGGUACCUCUGGAUGCCACGACUCGUCGAGCGAAUCCACGCUGCCGCCUCGGUCACCGCCGGCGACGUGUCCUGCGCUCCAUCAGGGGCGGAGACGACCGCCGCAGCCGCCGUCAACAACAGCACCUCUCCCGCCAGCGCGGUCACCAGCAGCAGGUCGACGUCCUCGGGAUCGUUCACCUCGUCCGAGCUCUACGGCGAGGAGAAGGGCCAGCACGUCCAUGUCAGUGCCGGCGGCGGCGGCGGCGAGAAAACAGCUGACUGCGGCGAUCACUGGAUGCAGGACGUGGACCAGGAGUUCUGGGCCACGCAUAUGCAGAUCCAGCCCCACGAUGAACAUCAGUUCCAUGUCGACCAGGAGCUCAGCGGAUGGGUGCAGGGAUUCUCCGACGUCGGCGUUUCGGCUGAGAAUCUCUGGAGCCUUGAGGACAUCUGGAAGAUGCAAUGAGUUUUCCAAUUUAUAUUGAGGAGGGGAUUUUAUACAUAUAUACAUGUGUAUGAUAGGAUUAAUAGAGAUACAUACAUAUAUACAUCUCGAUCUAGUGCUAACUUUAACUGCUACUCAUGUAUGAAGUGCAAGGCAUCAAGCUUCUUUUUUGGAUCAUGUUUUAUUCUUUUGUGCC